AUGUUAGAACUCAACAAAGAUGUAAUUUUUCUUAUAUUAGAAGAAUUGAAAAAUGAUCGAAAAUCUCUCUAUUCAUGUCUUUUAAUUAAUAAAACUUGGUGUGAAAUGACGGUACCAAUUCUAUGGAAAAUUCCUGGAUUAAAUUAUUUGAAUUAUAAUAAUAAUAAAAAGAUUAGAUUAUUAAAUGUAAUACUUUUACAUUUAUCAGAAGAAUCAAGAAAUAUUUUAAAAGAUCAAGGAAUCAAAUUUUUUACAACUACAAAAUAUCAACGACCAUUUUUUAAUUAUAUUAAUUUCUGGAGAAGUUUAAAUUUACAUCUUAUAGAAGAAAUUUUAAAUGUUUCUAUUGAACAAUCCAAAAUAUCAAUUGUUAGAAAUGAAAUAUUAAAAUUAUUUAUUAACAAAAAUACAAAAUUUAUUGAACUUUAUAUACCACAAAAAUUUAAUUAUCAAAUACAUCUUAUUUCAGGGGUAGAAAAUUGCUUUUCAGAACUUGAAUAUCUUUGUUGUGAUGCUAAUAUCGAUCAAAAUAUAUUAAGAGGAUUAUCAAAAAUAAUCAAAUCAAUUAAAAAAUUAAGAUUUAAAGAUAUUAUGCAAUAUAAUGAUCGUAAUAAAAAUAUUGGAAUCAUUUCAUUAAUUGAAACUCAAGAAAAUUUAGAAGAUAUUUGUUUCAAUUGUUAUUCAAAUGUAAGGGAUGAAUCAUACUGCGUAUCCCUUGAAGAAUCAUUAAUUAAAAAAGCGAAUAGUAUCCAACAUUUAAAAUUAGAUUGGACACCUACUACAAAUAUUCUUUCAUAUCUUGUAAAUUUAACAUGUUUAGAUAUAAAUUUAAGUUUAAUAAAUUUCAGUUUAAUGAAAUUACCUCAUUACACUAAUUGGAAUAAUUUAAAAAAUAUUUCUUUACCAGUUUUAGAAAUUUUAAGAACUCAACAAGUUCCAUCCAAAAUUUUGGCAAAUUUAAUUGAAAAUACAAAAGGAUAUCUUACUGAAAUUAGUAUUUGUUAUGAAGGUGUUGAUAAUAAAAGACUUAUUCAAGCAAUUUAUGAAAAUUGUCCAAAUCUUAAAUAUCUUAAAUUAUCUUUUAUUAAUAAUGAUAUUACAGAAUUAGAAAAAUUAUUAAUUAAAUGUAAACAUUUAAGUGGUUUGGUUAUUAUUAUAUUUGAAAAUGAACCUGAUUGGGAUAAUUUAUUCAAAGUUUUAAUUAGUUCUUCUCCAAUUAAUUUAUUUAAAUUUAAAUUUUCUUCUUUUAAAACUCUUAAAUUAGAAACUUUAAAAUUCUUUUUUGAUAAUUGGAAAGACAGACAUCCUAUUUUAUUACAAACAAAUUCCCUUUAUAGUCUUUAUAGUGCAAACACAGAAAGGCAACAACAAAUAAAUAAUUUAGUUGAAACAUACAAAAAGAAAGGAAUAGUUAAAACUUAUGAUGUUUAUUGGCAAAUACAUACUAUCGAGGAUUUUGAAUGGGAAAAAACAUUUUAA